AUGCUCUCAACUGUUUAUUACCAGCUCUUUCUUGUUGGUGUGAUCGGCUUUGCCUUUUGCGAAGAGCCAUUGAUAUUGGUCUCAACGAGAACUCCACCAAAAACGACAACUGAGCAAAGUACAAGUGAAUUGACGGAAGAUCCAUUCCAAGGAUUUCAAUCAUGGGAUUGUGAUACUUACGGGAUUAAGGAAAUUCGCUUCAAUGUCAUGUAUAAUUCGGCCAAAAGCGUGAAGAUCUCUCUGAAUAAACAAAAGGCUUUGUGUAUUGCCGGUUUCAACAAAUGUCAAUCGAAUUUUCCCCCAGCUUUCCCCAAUGAUGAGGCCACCUAUUUUGCCAACUAUCGAGACGGGAAAUUCGAUGGAUGUUCGGCGAUUAUG